AUGUCGUUCGACUCUUCCCGCUCCUUUCUUAUGUCCCAGAGAGCUGCUGACCAAGGCCGAAAUAUGCAUGUCUUCUCGCUCUCCUGUUUUCCACAAGCCAGAAUGGCCGGUGGCUUCAAUCUAAACCGAAUACAUCUCACCGCAAAGACUUUCUAUCGAUGGCUUUAUCUCUGCGAUGAGAUCAUAAAUUACCAACAAGGGAUCAAUGACGCAGUCGUCCUACGGAAAAUAAGGCUACGGACCGUCGAUGUAUUGUUCUACGCUGUCGAAGAGAUCGAAGGUCCCCCAAUUCCUCGGGACUCUCUUCAACUGAUUGAACCUGGCAUAUAUGGAAUUUUUUCCGCUGACGGAACACCAUUCACCCGGUAUUUCUGUAGCCCAGUACGUUUUCACCCCUCGUUCAAAGAUCAAGAAGUGCUGCUCGUCCAAAGGAGUCACGGUCAUUAUAAGGGGGAGAAUGACAUCCCAAUGGACUUGAGAGUUCUCGCGGGCGCCAGGGACAAGGGACGAUGCUUUAUUACAGGUCGGACCGAUCUCCCAACACAAUGCGUUUGGAUUCUCCCCCCGCUCGCAACAUUCAAUCGCGACCAUUCGGAUCCAACGGCCUUCGACAAGUACAAGGUUAUCGACAAUCUCAUCACGAUUUGCUCAGCUUUGGCUGAUCCCUUCAUGCGCAACCUGUUUGCUGUCGACGUCGAGGAUAACGCCCGCAUCAUCACCUUCGAGGACCUCCCCGAGCGGUUUGCCCACGUUGCCCUCGCAUCUACCCACUCUGCCUUCCCCCUCGACAACGGACUACUGGAAGUACGGUUUCACAUAUACAUUGGCUAUAUUCUUCCCCGCAGGCGAAGUCAAAGAAGAUUAUAG